AUGGCCUCGCCGCGACAAAGACCUAACUCCCUUCAUCUAGCACACCCCACUAGAAAUUAUUCGGACUCAGCAUCUACCCAACCCUCUGGUGGAAGUCGUAAUAAUAAUACUACUUCCAACCAGCGGCUCGACCGGAACUCCAAUUGUACACAACCCAAACCCAAUGACAAACACAACAAUACCAAUGACCCCCCAAUACUGGUUAGCCUUGACCCCCCUGCCCAACAAAAUAGCAACCAGACGAAUUCGUCGUCAUCAUCAGAUGAUGAGGAUGGAGGCGACCAAGAUGAAGAGAGUGACAGUACGGAGAGUAUCAGUACCGAUGAAAGCGAUUAUAACAACCAGUCCCCAGUCAGACGAAGAACCCCAUCCCAACAAGGUUCAAAUGCGCACAAGGAAGUUGAUGAGGAGAAAGAGGUUCAAGAAGACGAGGAGGAUGUCCAAGAGCAGGAAGUCCUGAUUCAUGACUGGCCUGUUGGGCGUCCUCUUCCGUACCCCCAGUGGGAUCAACGGCCACCGAAAGUGGUACACUUUGAAAAUGUUCUCGAGUACGAGGCGUUUGCAGGUUUGGUGGAACUCGUUUCCCAGCGAGUCGUGUCGGGUCAUAAAUACAACACGGUGGACAACUUUAUUAGAUUCUACCGAGCAUUCAAAAAAUCUAAAAUGGACUCCUUGGAAUCAUUCUAUCGCCAAUACCAGUCGCCAAUAACACCAUGUCAUUAUACGUGCGUUGGGUUGGCUCAUGAAUUGAUUUCUCAAAUAAAUGCAACAUUGCCAACUCGCCACCCAGCAGCUGGCAAAUUUUAUGUAACAUCUUGCGAGGAGGCAAUCGAGACCACGGAGGAAUACAUAAAGAACACGCCACCUGAUAAAGAAAUUGUCGAGAAGGAACAUGUCUCCGUUUGCCUAAAAAUCAUGAUCGGGCAUAAUAGGAACGGAUGCAUGUUGUUAGACCCAGGCUACCAUGUUUCGAGACCAGUGACUAUUAUGGAAGAUGGCAUUUAUCCACACACUGGAAAAUUUGUCCAAAAUGAUGACGGCACAAACAAAAAAGAGUACGAAUACACCCACUUGGCCAAACUUAAGUACAUCAACUGGACCAUUACUGACACCAAGAAGGGAAAAGUCACAUCACACUCAAGUCUCAUUUUCAUAGACCGACCGUUUCUAAGUGGGUUGGAUUGUGCUGAAAGACGGAACCUGGUCUAUGAUUUUAAAUCCGUACUCAAACGUGACCCUAAAGGACAACCGAUAAGUGGAUUAUAUUUUCCUUUAACAAAGACCAAUGUAAAGAAGACGAUGACAAUUUUCUUUAUGGAAAAUAACAACCGAGUCAACGUUCGAUUGAAUGUAUCCCGAAAUGUGAAGGAGACUCGAGAAAUCCAACUCUGCGAGGAGCAAAUGGGACUCAAACGUGGAAAAUUGACACAAACCAUGAAUGUAAUUGGAAGAGUCCUUCAUGACGAAAACUUCUUGAACCAAAUUCUUCAUAUGAAUGCAGAAAUUGUGCGCAUCUCUGCCGAAAAUUAAAUCCCUAGUUUUAGUCUGAUCACAUUAUUUACAUAUUUGUUGAAUGUUAUACAUUGUAUUGAUUAACUUACUUUUAAACUGGCCUGUAGAAAGUAGCAUUCUUUAUAGUUUUAACAACACUAAUAUUCAAACUUAUUAUAUAUUCUACUAAAAUAAAAACAUAAAAAUCUUUAGCAAGUACAUAUGAAAGUAGAUCAGAAUGUACUAAAAAAAUAUGGAUAAUAAUAACUAUGAACUAAGAACAUAAAUGAUAAGUAAAUGUAAAUAUUUAGAAAGCUUCACUGUAGUCGUCGUAGUUGAAUCUUGCGUUAAUUUCAUAGCUUCUUGAAUUAAGAUCUAAUAAUUUCUCCCCUUUGUAAAUAUGUUUUGUCUUUUCAAGUAUAAUAAAACUUACAAUAUACACAUUUA